UAAAUUUUAAUGUCGAUAUUUCAUGUGACAGAUAUAUCUGAAAAACCUUCUUCCUAUACUAGCUCCCUAGCAAACAAAGAGGUUUCAUCAAUAGUCUAUAAUAGAUAAAUUACCAAGCUCUAAGAAGCGAAGUAAGAACUUCCAUCAUAGAUAAAUAUAACCAUUUCGAAAAGCUGGGCUAAAAGCCUUUGAGUCCAAAAGGUGGAUAAUAAACCCGAGACAGUCCCAGAAAACAUUAAAACACUCUUCGUACUUUGGAUAUUUUAUUUGGAAAACCAACCCAAAAUCCUGAGUAGGUGUCUCAAUCCUCCCCUGCGAAAAUUAGUGGAUUAAAGAAGAAGUAAAACUAUCAUUUUAAGCUAAGAAUGCAAUAGAUCGGGACUCAAGAACAAACCGGAAAGUUUCAUUUAUCCACCGGUGCCUAGGAUUUCAAAAGCACCUACUACGACUAAUCAGGAUCCAAAUACUCCUUCUUAUCACCUUAAAACAGAAAUAAUCAAGAUAAUUUGGUGAGAUCUGGAUCCCAAACAUCAAAAUUCUAUCCCGAAAGAGGGUAAAUUAAUUAAAUAUUCUAAUAGUACCCAACUCAGUAAUUCUGUGCCUAUCUAAAGGUUAGUUGAAAUCUAAAAUUUAUUAGAAUUGACUCCAGCAAGUGAGUUGUAAACCUUACCAAGAAAGUAAACUUUAUUAUAAAUUUUAGUUAUUUGGAUGAAUUAUAGAGAGUAGCCAGUUCAAUUUAAAGGAACUUGAAACAUCACAAUGAUAUACGUUUAAAGUAAUGA